GUAAGAAUUAUUAUGCUCAUAAUAUUAUUUGUCAAAUUGAUAUUUUACAAUUUCUCUACAUUCAUAACUCCAAGUCGGUUCUAGGAAGAAAGAAAAUAUUGGUUUGGACAGAAGAAAAUAAUAAAUCCAAAAUUAGUGAAGAACAAGAAAAACAUAAACCCUAAUUAUGCAUUUCAGGGUUGGAAUUUUCAAUUCAAUUACCUUCACCCAAAUCCAACAACUGUGAUAUUUCAAUACAGUCUUUGAAUAUUCGAUCGGGGAAGAUGAAGAACGAGGAGGAGGAAGGUAAAGAAAGGAAGGAAAAUCCAUGGCCGUCUUCGUCGUCAUCCCCAAACAAGCCGUACGAGGAAAAAGAGGGCAUGAAGCUUUGGGGAGUUUUACUCUUCGGAUUAGUUGGCGCCACAGCCACCACGUUCGCUGUCGGUCAAUUGCGAAGAACUGUUGAUUGGGUUUACUCUCAGUUGAUGAACAGAUCAUCGCAAUCAUGGAAAGGAGGAGGAGGAGGCAAAUCAUUCCGAUCAUCUUUUCAAGAAGAAGCUUGGAAAAAAUACAAUCGUAGAAUGAGAGAGGAGUACGAAGAAGAAAUGGAGAGAGUGGAAAGGAUAAGGCGUAUGCAGAAUGUGUUCAAUCGAGAGAGGAAUAAAUACAGAAGGGGAUACGAGAGUUGGAGGGAAAAUGAUUCUAGUUCUUAUCAUCAAAGUUUCCAGAGAGAUGAUUGGUACUGGAAAAAGUCUGAUACUUCCUCCUCAUCAUCAUCCAGAGCUAGGGCUAAUAAUUACAGGGAAGCUCCAAAUGUUAAUGUUAGCUACUCAUUAUCACAUCAUUACUCGGUGUUGGGUCUUGAUAGGUUCAGAGCAAAGCCUUACACAGAAGCUGAGAUCAAGACUGCAUUUAGGAGCAAAGCAAAGCAAUUUCAUCCAGAUCAAAAUCAACACAAUAAAGAUGCUGCUGAGGCCAAGUUUAAGGAGGUAAUGACUUCUUAUGAAGCCAUAAAGAACGAGAGAAAAACCAUGUAGUUUUUGUAUAUUCAUUUUGAUGCAUAUUGAGGCUAUAUUUCUUAGUUACAUAAUAGUACCAGAGUAACAUACAAUAAGGGUGGGUUCAAUAGAAAUUUUGAAUCAAAUAUUCUCAAUUUAUUUAUCUUUGGGGAACAGUGUUCACCAGAAUCACACACUGUACUUUUUCUUCUUCAUCAAUAUUUUUUAUUGCUUACUAA